GGCGCCUCCUCCUCGUUUCUCUCCGCGUUUCUCAGCAGCAGUCGGACUCUCCAUCUCUGCAUCCGGAGCUGCACUGCUGUCGGAUAUUUCCUCCUCAGCUCUGCUUUUACACUCGACCGUUUCUCAGAUGCUGCUCAGUGAACCGAACCGCCGGAUUUCUCCCUCUUGAGUAUGAGAGGGACCGAUGACCCAUCCGCACAGCAGAACCAGAGCCAGCAGCAUGAGCCGCGCCGCCGGACCCGGAGCCUCAACAGAACUUUAAAGCAGCGCGGAGCGUCAGAUUCCCGACACACGGGAGAAGCAGUUUCAGGUCUCCACAGAAUGGAGCGAGAAUGAGCAGAGUGCGGUCGAGAGUGAAGCAUGAACUGGAGGCUCAUUGAAGUCACUUACUUCCUGUUUAUAUGGAACCAUAUAACAGUUCAGUCUUCCCGCCAAGAGCCCUCGGCCAACGAGCAGCAUGUUACCAAGCAGUUUGACUGGCUCAUCUCGGACCGUGGCCCUUUCCACCACUCGAAGGGGUACCUCUCCUUCAUGGAAAGAUUUCGCCAAGGAUUCACGACCCGGUAUAAAAUUUAUAGGGAGUUUGCACGUUGGAAGGUGAGGAACACGGCCAUCGAUAGGCGGGAUCUGAUCCGGAAUCCUCUGUCCUUGAUGCCGGAGUUUCAGCGCAGCAUGCGGAUGCUCGGACGACGGCCGUCCACGCAACAGUUCAUCGACACCAUCAUCAAGAAAUAUGGGACGCACAUCUUGAUCUCAGCCACGCUGGGAGGUGAGGAAGCUCUCACCAUGUACAUGGCCAAGAACAAGCUGGACCGGAAGAUGGUCAACGCCACCCAAGGAGUCGAGGCACUGCACCAGCUCGCCUCCUCAUACUUCAUCGACCGCGAUGGCACCAUGCGCAAACUCCAUGAAAUACAGAUCUCCAGCAACUCCAUCAAGGUGACUGAGACACGGACGGGUCCACUCGGCUGCAGCACGUAUGAUAAUCUGGACUCUGUCAGUUCUGUUCUUCUUCAGAGCCCAGAGAGCAAACUCCAUCUGCAAGGUUUGCAGGUCAUUUUCCCCGAGUACCUGCAGGAGAAGUUCGUCCAGUCAGCUCUCAGCUACAUCAUGUGUAACGGGGAGGGAGAAUAUGUCUGUCAGAACAGUCAGUGCAUCUGUCAGUGUGCCGACGAGUUCCCACAAUGCAACUGUCCCACCACUGACCUCCAGAUUAUGGAGAACACGCUCAUCGGCAUGGCUGAGACUUGGGAAGCAUCUUACAACGACUUUGAAAACUCAGACGAGUUUAAGUCGUUUCUGAAACGUCUGCCUGCGACACACUUCCUGCCGGUGAGCAGCGUGCACCUGCUGUGGGGCAGCGACUGGGACCUUCAGAACCGCUACCGGCUCUUGCAGAGUUCACUGGAGGCCCAAAGACUGAAGAUCCAGCGCACGGCCCGGAAACUCUUCGGUCUGAGCAUUCGCUGCCACCACAACCCCAACCACCAGAUGCCCAGAGAGAGAUCGGUGCUACAGUGGCUGAACCGAGUGCAGUCGUUCCUCUACUGCAAUGAGAACGGCUUCUGGGGAACCUUUCUGGAGAGCCAGCGCACAUGCGUGUGCCACACGGGUGCCACCCUUUGCCAGCGGCCCAUCCCUUGCGUGAUCGGCGGCAACAACAGCUGCGCCAUGUGCAGCCUGGCCAACAUCUCGCAAUGCGGCUCCUGCAACAAGGGCUACAAGCUGUACCGCGGGCGCUGCGAGCCGCAGAACGUGGACUCGGAGCGCAGCGAGCAGUUCAUCAGCUUCGAGACGGACCUGGACUUCCAGGAUCUGGAGCUCAAGUAUUUGCUGCAGAAGAUGGACUCGCGGCUGCACAUCCACACGACCUUCAUCAGCAAUGAGGUGCGCCUGGAGACCUUCUUCGACCCGCGGUGGCGCAAGCGCAUGUCGCUGACGCUCAAGAGCAACAAGAACCGCAUGGACUACCUGCACAUGAUCGUAGGCCUGUCCAUGAAGAUCUGCCAGAUGCGCAACAGCAGCGUGGACCCAAUGUUCUUCGUUUACGUCAACCCGUUCAGCGGAAGCCACUCAGAGGGUUGGAGCAUGCCGUUCGGUGAGCACGGAUACCCGCGCUGGGAGAAGGUGCGACUGCAGAACUCGCAGUGCUUUAACUGGACCCUGCUGUUGGGAAACCGCUGGAAGACCUUCUUCGAGACGGUGCACAUCUACCUGCGAAGCCGCGCUAAGGUGCCCACUGUCCUGCGGAAUGACACGGGCCAGGGCCCGGUGGACUUAUCCGACCCCAACAAGCGACAGAUCUACAUUAAGAUCUCCGACAUACAAGUGUUCGGCUACAGCCUGCGAUUCAACGCCGACCUGCUGAGGAGCGCCGUGCAGCAGGUCAAUCAGUCAUACACACAGGGGACCCAGUUCUACUCGUCCUCGUCCAUCAUGCUCCUGCUGUUGGACAUACGGGAGAGAAUUAACCGUCUGGCCCCUCCGGUGGCCCCUGGGAAGCCCCAGCUGGACCUGUUCUCCUGUAUGCUGAAACACCGGCUCAAGCUCAACAACAGCGAGAUGAUUCGCGUGAAUCACGCCUUGGACAUGUACAACACAGAAAUCUUAAAACAAUCAGACCACCUGACUACCAAACUUUGCUGAAAACACAAUUAGAAAGACACAACGUUGUAUUGAGGACAAAGAAAAAAAAAAAAUUAUUUCUCCGUUUGAUUUGGAACCUUUUGGUUUGCUUUUUUGAUGUAUUAUUAACAACUUUGUAAGUGUAAUUGUUAAACGGAAACUAAAAAUACAGAGAUAAAUCAUUUUAGUUCACUAAAAGAAAAAAACUAAACAAAAAAUACUGUAUCAUAUUUGUCGAAGCAUGUCUGUCAUUUCCUAAAAAAGAAGAAUAUGAGAAAAGAUCACUAUUACUAUUAAAUUCAACAUCCAGUGACACAGAGGCCUUGAUUUUACUUGAGGGAACAAAGGUACAUCUUAAACUGCCAUUCUUUACCGGUUAACACAUUUUUAGAGAUGUAAAGACAACUACGUAAGGGCAGAACCAAAAUACAGUAAUUACUUUGAGGCACUACCAUGUUGUUAUCAUGCAUCUUUUAGAUGAGGUUUAUACAGCAUGAGGAUUCAUUGACUGUACUGUGUCUUGUCCUUUCAUACGACACCCUCUAAGAGAGCUUGGCAGUGAGUUCAGUACAGACGUCCACUGUUUAUUGCUGGACAUCCAGUUUUCUUGAUUGCCAUUUAUUGUCGCUCGCCAGGUGAACUGAAUCCUGCGUGGGCUCCCUCUGUUGUAUUUUCAGAUUUGCGCUCUUGUUCUUCAGCGAGGUCGAGUCGCUUCGGUGCCUGAGUGCAGUAUCUAUGGUUGAACAUAAUCGAUUCAUGCUAUUUCGUACUGCUUCGCAUAAUGUACGCUGAUGUGUCAAGCUUUUUUGCAGCACCGUGAACAAAAUUUGAUCAUUCUGCUUUUCUUUAAGGGUCAGCAUAAAGCCAUACAUUUCUCAGAGGGAUGAACAAAAAAAAAAAAAAGAGAGAGAGA